CUUGGUGAUGAACAACUUUCUAUAUUAGUAAUACAAAAUCACGAACCUUGGAAGCAAGCGUAAUAGCUCGUGUAUCAACGUAUCGUUUUCUGAAACUCCGAUUUGCUGUGGGGCCUAGGUGAGUUUUUAAGGAGCUCAUGGUGUAUACCUGUAGCAUGACCAACAAUGGAAGAGCGCAGGAAGAGGAGGUUCCGGCGAGCAGUUCAGAUGCGAGGACUAUGCUCCUAGAACUGCAAAAGCAGCUAGAUGAGUUAGAAAAGAGACAUGCGGAGGAGAUAGCCGCGUUCAAAGAAGAAAUAACUAAGAUGAAGAGGAAGCUUGAAGAAGUAGGUCAGGAUUGUUCCAAAGGUCCAAGCUUGAAGACCCAAAGGAAAUUAGCCACAUCAAAGAAUGCUGACAUGUCUCGGCAUUGUCGAGAGAAGGAUGCCAUAUCAUCGGAUUCAAGAGGGGAGAGCAUCCUAAGCCAGCCGGCAAGAAUGUACAAGAGUCGGUCAGUUUGUCGAAGGGACACUGAUGUUCUUAGUGUUCCUUUCCUUGCAAUAUAUGAGUCUCUAAUACCUCCUGAAGAAGAAAAGAAGAAGGAAAAGCAAGUACUGGCAUUAUUGGAGAAAUUAGUUAGAAAAGAAUGGCCAGCAGCUAAGCUUCAUCUCUAUGGAUCACGUGCUAAUUCGUUUGGUGUUUCUAAAAGUGACAUUGAUGUUUGCCUUGUUAUUGAGGAAGCAGGCCUGAAGAAAGCUAAGAUUAUAAGGAAAUUGGCGGAUGUUUUGCGAUCAGAUAAUCUGCAGAACGUGCAGGCAUUGACAGGUGCACGGGUUCCCAUAGUAAAGCUCAUGGAUCCAGUGACAGGAAUCCCUUGUAACAUAAGCAUUAACAAACUUCUAGCUGUUGUGAAUACAAAGCUUCUUCGGGAUUAUGCACUCAUAGAUCCAAGGUUACGGCAGCUAGCCUUCAUUAUCAAACAUUGGGCUAAGUCAAGAAGAGUCAAUGAAACUUACCAUAGAACUCUGUCUAGCUAUGCGUAUGUUUUGAUGUGCAUUCAUUAUUUACAAAUGAGAAGGCCUGCAAUCCUUCCAUGCUUGCAGGAGAUGGAGACAACGUAUUCUGUGACUGUGGAUGAUAUUAAUUGUGCUUUCUUUGAUAAAGUUGAAAAACUUAGAGAUUUUGGUCGCCACAACAAGGAAACAAUUGCUCAGCUUGUGCGGGGAUUUUUCCACUUUUGGGCAUAUUGUCAUGAUUAUGCAAAUUCUGUUAUAUCUGUACGCACAGGAAGCAUUAUCAGCAAACGAGAGAAGGGCUGGUUUAUAGGGACUGACAAUGAUCGGCAUUUGAUAUGUAUAGAGGAUCCUUUUGAAACAUCUCAUGAUCUUGGGCGAGUGGUAGAUGAAUAUAGCAUCAAAGUUCUGAGGGAAGAGUUUGAACGUGCUGCUGAAAUUAUGCUGAAUGAUCCAAAUCCGUGUAUUAAACUUUUUAAGCUCUAUGUUCCCAGUUGAACUACUGUUUUGUUUUGUUUUGGAUGUAGAUUUUAUAGGUUAAAGAACUUGAAAGGCAAGAAUUCAGUGUUAAGUUGAACCACCUUCCAACACAUGCAUUAAUUUUGUUUUACU